GUUCAGCCUGCUGUCAGCCCAGCAGCUGCCUGAGUCACCUCUGGACGUAGCCAGGAUGACACAGCUUCCUCGGGCUGCAAAGGCAAGGUGACCAGACGUCCUCCGAGGCAGGCAGACAGUCACGUCUUGCCGGAGGGCGGCCAGCCAGGGCCAGCCUGGAGGCCGGGUGCGGGCCGGGCUGGUGGGGUGCUCGUAGAGGUAAUCUAAAGCCGGGGCUGUUCGGGUGGGUCAGUGCUCCUGUCAGCCGCUGGCUUCCCUGAUGGAGAAAAUGUCCCCUGGGCCCUGGACCCUGGCCCAGCCCCACGAGGGCCGGAGCGCACGGGGGAGGGCCAGGCCAUGAGUCACCUCAGGAGCUAGGUCACAACCGAGGAAGGGAUUUGCGAGAGGGAAGGUAAGAAGUGAUCCUGGCCCAGGCUCACCUGCCUUCUGGAAGAUCAGUCCUGAACUGUCAGACCUGGCCUACCUGCCCUGCCCUGCUCCUAAUGAGCCCGGAAGGGGAGGGCCAGCCCAGCUCCCAAAGGUCCUCCAAACUCUGCGGUCACCUGAAUUGCCUCCAUCUCGGCUGCUGGGGUUCCCUUUUCCUAGAGAGGAAGCCCUCUUCCGUGUUCAGCUGUACGUGAGAAUGGAGUUUCCGGCUUUGGGUUGAAAAGCAGCCUUAGUUAGGCUGACGGUCUCCUGGAAGGUGCUCUAGGGUAGAAGUGCUGGCUGCGCGCCGUCUGGCCCAGCAGCUCCUUCAGGGCUUGGGGAGGGGGCGAGCGGGGGGCAGCCCCGCCAUCCGGCUCCCAGUCUAGCGCUGGCCACUGAGCUUCGGGGGUGACCCCACCAGGACGAGCCCGAGGGCUCUCUGCACGUGGCGUUGCCAGGUUCCGUUACUCGGCGGCUGGGACGCAGUGCCCGGGCGUCCUUGUGCGGGGCUGUUGGAGAGGCGUGUGGGGUGACCAGGCUCCGACGCGGCAGCGCUGGCACUGAGCACCCCUGCCCAUGCCCGGCUGCUGUCUCCCACCCCAGUCGGGUUCCAGCCGAGUCCCAGAGACCAGUCCGUCCUGUGUGAGCUCUGCUGGCCCGUGAGGAGGUUGCCUGAUGUUCCGUGGUUCACAAAUACCUUUUUAGGGUGGUUGUUUCCGAAAACAGUCGUUUUAUAAACUCUUCUUCACACCUACAAAACUCUUCUCCGAACCUCUUUCCAAGAGCGAGCUGUUGUUUUUCUGAAGUCUGAAGUGACGUGAGGUCAAUACUUUGUGUGUUUUGGGUGUUGGGCGAGAGGUGAGUAACCGUGCCGCUCCUACCCCUGCACCGAGUCCGCAGCAGGGCCCCUGCCCCUGGGCCUGCAGCCCUGACUUUGGUGUGAGCCCGUCGGGCAGGCACUGGGCCGGGAGGAGCAGGUCCCUGAGGAGGGGGCAGAAGCCAAGGCAGUGGGGUCACGAUGCUGAGCAGGGCGGUGGGUGUCUGCUCCCGCCCCGGACUUGCCACCUUUCCCCAGGGCGGGGUGCUGGAACAGGCCCUGCAGCCCGGGGGGUUGAGAGCGCGGCCCUCGGCCGGAGUGUCUCGCGGCGUCACCUGCGUGGCCCAGCUGAGGACAUUUGGCACUGGGGCCCUUGGUUCUGAUCUCCUCAUUUUUCAGAAGGGAAGAUCGAGACCCACAGAGAGCAGGGGGUCUGCUUCAUCACCCGCAGCUGGUGGCCAGCCCCUCGGCUCCAUAUUUACGCGCAUUUGUGCCAUCUGCUUGGACACAGAAGGCCUGAGAACUGAGGAAAGCUCCCGGAGGUCAGACCCCGGCCGGGACCCCAGCCGGGACCCCAGCCGGACCGCUCUCUCCCGUCUCUGCCGAGGCUCCUCACCCGUGGUCCUGGGCCCCAGUAGCCCAGGUGGUGGACGAGUUACCAUUUCCAAGCGGUUCUGUCCGGGUGACUGUACCCAGGUUAUGACGACUAAUCCCAAAGCGAACAAGGCAUUGAAGGUCAAGAAGGAGGCGGGCGAGAACGCCCCGGUGCUCAGCGACGAUGAGCUGGUGUCCAUGUCGGUGCGGGAGCUGAACCAGCACCUGCGUGGCCUCACCAAGGAGGAGGUGGUCCGCCUGAAGCAGCGGCGCCGCACGCUCAAGAACCGCGGCUACGCGGCCAGCUGCCGCAUCAAGCGCGUGACGCAGAAGGAGGAGCUGGAGCGGCAGCGCGUGGCGCUGCAGCGGGAGGUGGAGAAGCUGGCCCGGGAGAACAGCAGCAUGAAGCUCGAGCUGGACGCCUUGCGCUCCAAGUACGAGGCCCUGCAGACCUUCGCCCGCACCGUGGCCCGCGGCCCCGUCACGCCCACCAGGGUGGCCACCACCAGCGUCAUCACCAUCGUCAAGUCCGCCGACAUCUCCUCCAGCUCCGUGCCCUUCUCGGCCGCCUCCUAGUGCCCGGCUGAGGGGCGGGGCCCCGGGGUGCCGGUCGAGGGUCCCAUGGGGAGCAGACCCCUUUACACCGGAGUCGAAUCGCGGACCCGUGCCGGGCUCGGGCCGUGGCUGGAAAAGAGCAGGAUCCCGAGAGCCCGAGUGCCAGCUGCUCUGCACACGCACGCGCCCACGCGCCCCGCCUUCCCCUGGGCCCUGCCGCCUCGCCCAGGGCUGUUGCCAGGGCUCUGUCUUGCGCUGGGGGAGUUGGGAUGUGUGGAGGGAAGGUCCUUGGGAGGUUCCCGGCCCAGACGUCUUCCGCCCCUCCCACGAGCAGCACGUCCGUCCCCUGCUCGGCCCCCCAGCCGGGGCAGGACCCCCUCACCGCCCUGACUGCCCUUGGGUGCCCCAGGAGGAACCGUGCCCCAAGGGGUCCGAACACCCCGGAAUCCUGCUUCAGCCUCAGCCAGAGGCCGGUGCCCCGUGAGCGGGUGGAGGAAGGGCUGCAUGUGCAUGACAGCGUGUGCGAGCCUGUACACACGAGUGCGUGCAAGCACGUGUGCACGUGGACCCGUCCUCCCGUCAGUGUGCCAGUAGCUCUGGGGGCCUUGGGGAGCGGCUUGUUAACGGGGCUUGGGCGAGCCUUGGGUUUUCCCCUCUCUGUUGGGUGACCUAGGGCAGGUCCCCGUCGAGGAGUAGGAGCCGCCUGGCCGGGGAGGGGCGCCCUGGGGCGGGCGGGCACGUUCUGUGUGGAACAGGUGUGAAGGCGGCGGCGGCAGCCGCAGGCGCGGGCCGCGGAGCUGGGCAGUGGCGCCCGUGGUCCUGCCUGUGGGUCCUGCUGCUGGAGGAGAUGAGAGCAGGGAGAAGGGUGGGGUUGGAGAAGGAGGAGUGUGGAUGGUGGGGGGAGGUGACGAUGGGGGCAGCACUGGGCUGGAAAGGUGGCAAGCACCAGCUGCCAGGAGUGCUGGGACGGGAGUGCUCGGACGGUCUGUCGGCAGAGGACACGGGGACUCUGCAACCUUGGUGCUUAAUCAUUGCCUGGACCCUUCACCCGCUCUUCCUUUCUGGCACUCGGAGCCACUGAUGACUGGGGGGGUCUUUGCUGGGGUGUCCUUUCCCAGAGAGCCGCUGCGGGACUUCCCGCGUGGCUAGGCAGGGGCCGCCCCUUCCUGCCCCACCUGGGAAGAUGCCGGGGCCGAGGGGCAGGCGGCCGGUCCCGAGCCCACCACAGGCCAGAAGCCCUGGACUCCAGCUCGUGGUUUCCUCUUGGCUUGCCUCCCACCAUUUAGUAAGCCCCCCAGCAAGCUGCAAAGCCCCUGCACAGGGUGCCAGCCGCCCCAGGAGGAGUGGGGGGAGGGGGGAGGGCCCCAAGGGCUACAGACAGAAAGCGUCCCCCUGUCCUGGGAGAAGGCGCAGGGUCUGGGGCGUCUGGGUCCUUCCAGAGCCACGGCCGAUGUGUAAAGAAGCUGUUGAUACCAUAGCCAUGGUAGGUAAUCCACAUUGGAUAUCAAUAAGGACCAUGGGGAUAUUUAAAAGAGAGAAAAGUAUAUAUAUAUAUAAAAUUAUAUACACAUUUUAUCGUACAGAUUUUCAUACCUUUUCUUCCUAUUUGAUACUGUAAGCGUCUCUAGGGCAGAGCUGCCUGGGAGUGUGGGUGGGAGUGGGACCACCGCCCGCACCUGGCUUCUCAAGUUGGCCGCUCGCCGCCCACCGCUGCCCUUGGGCCGCGCCCCAGCCGGGUGCCCCACGGGGCGGGCAGGCAGGCGGGUGGCCCGGGCUCUCCGAGCACCCGAUCCCGCAGCCUCCACUGCCCGGGACCAGGCCUGGGAGACCAGCGUGAUCCCUCCCCCUCCUCUCAGAGCGUUGAAAUUUCAUUGUCACAGUUUUAAUAUAUGGAUUUUUUAAUUUAAGAAAACAGGCACAGCCCCCUGGCUGGGGGGGCUGGUUUCCCGUCCCCCGUGCUUCAGGCUCGCUCGCCGUCCGGGCGACACGGCCCUGCGUAAGCCCCGCUCCCGUUUCCAGCACCUCUGGCCACUCAGCAGUUUCAUUUCAAUAUUUAUUUUUGUGCUGCUUUUAUCAUGAUAUAAAUUAUUGAGAAGAGACCCUAUGUCGUGGCCCCUGUGGUGUGACGUGCGGCCCGCACCCGCCCGUCCCCUCCCGGCCACACCUAAUUUAUUGCUGUACAUCUCUGCCGUGACGCUUUUGUACCUUUCAAUAAAGAGUUUUCUGGUUUCA